AGCGCUCCCCCCCAUAUCCCCCUCUGCAGGGCUACGCAGACACACAGCGCUCCCCUUUUCCACAACACAUGCUUCUCUUUACCUUGAGAAUGCUCCCCCUCCCACACCCCCCCUCUGUCCCAUCCCCCCUCAGGGCUGCACACAAUCCUUUUGCUCUCCACAUACACAACCUUGCAAAUCUACAUGCACACAGAGCUCCUGUGUUCCUUCUCCAGCGGGGCUACACACCCAUGGCUGGGCUUCCUUUCCACCACCUCUGGACUCCCCCUGUGCUUCCUCCCCCUGCUACAUGUGUGCACGCAUCCCUGCUGUGUCUUCCCACCUGCCAGAUCCCACAACCCCCACACUUUGUCCCCCCCAACCUUGCAGGGCUCCAUACACCCCACCCUCCCCCACACACACGUGCCCACCUGCUCCCCACUGCUGGUCCCACAUUAGCCCCCAUGCUCUCCCUCACUCUCUGCCUACGUAAAGUCUUUUGUAAUAACUUCUCCUCCCCCCUUUCCCUCUAAAGGGCUCUUCCCGUGAGGGCCUUAUCUGCUGGACUCUCAUACUCUCUGUAGUGCCAAGUGACUUAUCUGCAGGAAUGGUCUCCCUGCCCACACGCACCUGUGCCCCACCCGGAGGAGGUUUCCCUUCUCUCUCUCUCUCUCUCGCACACACACUCUCUCUCUCUCUUUGUGCCCCACAUGCAUGCACCCACUUCUUCUCUCCCCUGACUUACCACACACAUGCAGGACCCUUCCCCAGAUGGGUCAUGACAAUAGGGGUGUUCUGGCAGGGUAUGUUUGAACAGGGAGCUGCUGUGCAGACAGCACUGCCAGGUGGGGAAGGCUGUUGGGAAUACCCAGCUCAAAGUAUGAGAAUAAAAUGCAACAGGGCUUGGACAGAGCCUCCUAUCGGGGUCAGUACCCUCCAGAGAGACCAGUCAGGCCUGAGUGGUUUCUUUCCUCACCCCACUCACACUCCGGUUAACACUAGGGAUAUUUAAAGUAUGGUGGGGGGGGAAAAAAUCUCAGGCCUUCCAUUUAGGUAUCUCAUAUUCUUCACAACCCCCAAAGCAGUUACCAUAGCCUUUCUCUACCCUCCACUUAAUAUACUGAGAGAUCAGGGUGGAGAGGGCAUUAAUUAAGAAUCAGCAAAGAAAUAUUAAUAACAAGUUCUUAUACAGCCCUUCUCAUCCAUAUGUGUCAAAGUGCUGUACAAAGGAGGUCAGUCUGAUUAAAUUUUACAGGUGGGGAAACUGAGGCACAAGAAGGGGAAAGAGGUGGACUUUGGCAAGUCAAACAGGUCAGCAUCCAAGUCAGGAAUAGAACCCAUAUCUUCUGCCUCCCAGCCCAGUGCUCUGUCUUCUAAGCAACACUGCCUCCCUUUCCAAAAGAGGAAGUGAUCCCUUUUGCCACCCUUUGCCAGGCAGCUUUCAGGGCCAGCCACGCCUCAGACCCCUGACUCUUACAGCCUGAAAGCUGUUUGUUUUCGGCUGGUCAUACUCCAGCUUCCUCUCCUAUUGCAGCAUCCUUUCUUGACUUCUAAUUCAUUUGAAUGGCAUAGAAGUCAUAGCUGUAACAAGAAAAUAUGUCUUCCUAAUUGACUGUGUGGGCAGAUGUAUGGGUGUUCAGCAAGCUCUAAAACCUGACCUGCCUGACACUUGCACAGCUAAGCCACUCCAAAGGAUGUUAUUCAUAAGAUAUUGUUCUGUGGUGGUUAAUGCGGAGACACAGAUGUGGGCAUCUAAUCCCUCACUACCUCUCCAUCCUCUGUGUAGGCUGCAGUUAUGCCACUAAGCGGGCUUAAGAGAGUGUUAUUUUGAUGUCCUAAAUAUAUUUGGGAGGGGAGUGAAGAGGGUGGGGAGGGGCGUCCACGAGUGUCAACUGAGUGAAAGGGGCUGAUGAUAUUUGUAAUUCAAAUUCAGCUGUGAGUGGGCAGACCCCUGCACCUAUGUAAAAUCCCGUUGACUUCAGCUUUUUAUGUGGGUAGAGAUUUUUCAUGCUUAUCUGCCUGUUAAAAGCUGCUGCUGCUGCUUUUUAUGUGUAUGUUGAAAACCAGAAUUUUGGAAACCUACCCAGGUAGGUGGGUAGAAAUAACCAGGAAUAAUUUUGUUGGACUCUGCAAAAUAUACAAGAGGCUUCUGAUGCAAGUGUGAGGUCUGACCUCUUAAGUCAGAGGUAGGCAAACUACGGCCCGCGGGAUGGUUCUGCCCGGCCCUUGAGCUCCCGGUCAGGAAAGCUAGCCCCCGGCCCCUCCCCUGCUGUCCCCCCUCAGCUCGCUGCGCCACCAGAGCUCCGGCCCACCUCUCCUGCCGGGCAGCGUGGCUGCAAGCUCCUGCCGCUCUGAGAAGCAUGUGUCUGUGUAAAGUGCUGGACUGACACUCCUGUACGCUGGAGCCCUCUCUGUCCCUAGAAGAGAAACAUGCAACAUGGCAGCAGCCAUGGAAACUGAACAGCUGGGUCUUGAAAUCUUUGGAACGUCUGAAAGUGAGGAGCAUGCUGAGGCAGAGGAGCAGCCAACACUGGAACCCUUCUAUGUAGAAAGAUAUUCCUGGAGUCAGCUUAAAAAACUGCUCACAGACACUAGGAAAUACCAUGGCUACAUGGUGGCCAAGGCUCCUCAUGAUUUCACGUUUGUGAAGAAAAAUGACCCUGAAGGAGCCCAUUCAGAUAGGAUCUACUAUCUGGCCAUGUCUGGCGAGAACAGGGAGAACACGCUGUUCUAUUCGGAAAUUCCCAAAACCAUAAACAAAGCUGAAGUCCUAAUGCUUUCCUGGAAACCUCUUUUGGAUCUCUUUCAGGCUUCCCUAGACUACGGGAUGUACUCCCGCGAAGAAGAAUUGCUGCGAGAGAGAAAGCGCAUUGGGACAGUUGGAAUUGCCUCUUAUGAUUAUCACAGAGAAAGUGGCACCUUUCUGUUUCAGGCUGGCAGUGGAAUUUACCACGUAAAAGACGGCGGCCCUCAUGGAUUUACUCAACAGCCCUUAAAGCCCAAUUUAGUGGAGACCAGUUGUCCAAACAUACGGAUGGAUCCAAAACUGUGCCCAGCUGAUCCAAACUGGAUUGCAUUUAUCCAUAGCAAUGACAUCUGGAUUUCUAAUAUACUAACCAGAGAAGAAAGGAGGCUAACCUUUGUCCAUAACGAAUUGGCCAACCUAGAAGAGGAUCCCAGAUCUGCUGGGGUAGCUACUUUUGUGCUUCAGGAGGAAUUUGAUAGAUACACUGGCUACUGGUGGUGUCCGAAUGCUGAGCCAACUGUCACUGGAGGCAAAAUUCUUAGGAUUCUUUAUGAAGAAAAUGAUGAGUCAGAGGUGGAAAUUAUUCAUGUCACAUCCCCCAUGCUGGAGACCAGGAGGACGGAUUCCUUUAGAUAUCCCAAAACAGGUACAGCAAAUCCAAAGGUCACUUUCAAAAUGUCAGAAAUAACAGUUGAUGCUGAAGGAAGAAUUGCAGCUGUCAUGGAUAAAGAACUAGUGCAGCCUUUCGAGAUCCUGUUUGAAGGAAUAGAGUAUAUUGCAAGAGCUGGAUGGACUCCGGAAGGAAAAUAUGCCUGGUCCAUCUUGUUGGAUCGCUCCCAAACACGGCUACAGAUAGUGUUGAUCUCCCCUGCAUUAUUUAUCGCAGUAGAAGAUGAUGCUAUGGAAAGACAGAAACUGAUAGACGCUGUGCCAGACUCUGUUACACCACUUACUAUUUAUGAAGAAACAACAGAUAUCUGGAUAAAUAUCCAUGAUAUCUUCCAUGUUUUCUCUCAAACCCGCCAAGACGAGAUAGAGUUUAUAUUCGCCUCUGAAUGUCAAACGGGGUUCCGGCACCUGUACAAAAUCAUCUCAGUUUUGAAGGAGAGCAGAUACAAGCGAUCAUGUGGAGGUCUCCCUGCUCCAAGUGACUUCAAAUGUCCCAUCAAAGAGGAAUUAGCAAUUACCAGUGGAGAAUGGGAAGUACUUGGUAGACAUGGUUCCAACAUCCACGUGGACGAAGCAAAAAAACUGGUGUAUUUUGAAGGCACAAAGGAUUCCCCUUUAGAGCAUCACCUGUAUGUCGUUAGCUACAAGAAUCCUGGAGAGGUGAAGCGAUUGACAGACCGUAGCUACUCUCACGCCUGCUCCAUUAGUCAGGACUGUGACAUGUUCAUCAGUAAAUUCAGUAACCAGAAGAACCCGCACUGUGUGUCACUGUACAGGCUGACUGGUUCUGAAGAUGAUGUUGCUCACAGAAAGAAGGAAUUCUGGGCCACGAUUCUAGAUUCGGCAGCUGCCUGCGUGCAGGAGGGGGAGUCUCAGUUCCGACUCAGACGCACAGAUCAUGCCUCCGACACUCCUCACCCACAGUGCCUUAGCCAAGGUCCUCUUCCUGACUAUGUUCCCCCGGAAAUCUUCUCCUUUGAGAGUUCCUCAGGCUUUACACUGUAUGGCAUGAUGUACAAACCUCACCACCUACAACCUGGGAAGAAAUACCCCACGGUGCUCUUCAUAUAUGGAGGGCCGCAGGUGCAGCUGGUGAACAAUCGGUUUAAAGGAAUCAAGUAUUUUCGCUUGAACACGCUGGCCUCGCUGGGUUACGUAGUUGUUGUAAUUGACAACAGGGGAUCCUGCCACCGAGGGCUUAAGUUUGAAGGUGCCUUUAAAUACAAAAUGGGUCAAAUAGAAAUUGAUGACCAAGUGGAAGGGCUGCAGUAUUUAGCAUCCCAGUAUGACUUUAUUGAUUUAGACCGAGUUGGCAUUCAUGGCUGGUCCUAUGGAGGAUACCUGUCUCUGAUGGCAUUAAUGCAGAGGUCAGACCUCUUCAGGGUUGCCAUUGCUGGAGCCCCAGUCACACUGUGGAUAUUCUAUGACACAGGCUACACAGAGCGUUACAUGGGACACCCUGAUCACAACGAGCAAGGAUAUUAUCUAGGAUCAGUGGCCAUGCAAGCGGAGAAGUUUCCUUCAGAACCACACCGUUUGUUGCUGUUGCAUGGUUUCUUGGAUGAGAAUGUUCACUUUGCACACACAAGUAUAUUGCUGAGUUUUUUAGUGAGGGCUGGAAAACCAUAUGAUUUACAGAUUUACCCUCAGGAGAGACACAGUAUAAGGGUCCCUGAGUCUGGAGAGCAUUAUGAACUCCAUCUGCUGCAUUAUCUGCAAGAGAAUCUUGGCUCCCACAUUGCUGCACUGAAGGCAAUGUAAUUGUGACCUCUGUGGAACUCUGAUACACUGGCUGUUUAACCAAACGAGGAAAUGGAUCUGUAGAGAAAAUAGAACAGAAUAUUGCAUUUUGGUGCCUGCCACAUAUGCACGCGUGCACACACCCACAUGCGUACCCACACACAGACAUUUUUUUUUUAAGUAAACUAGGUGCCAUACAAGGAAACUACAGUACAAUGGCCUAAUAAUUUAAAAAUGGAAAUAAAAUCACAUGUCUGUGGCACGCAGCAGUACCAUGCAAAUUCUUUGGGGAAGAAGCUGAAAAUUCGGUAACACAUAUCCACAACACCAUAUCUUCACCAUCUGAAAACAUUGAGCUGUGCGAGUCUAAUUGGUGUAUUUUUUUUUUUUUUACAGUGUGUUUCUCAGUUUCUUACAACAAGGUAAUAUUGGAUGAUUCACUCACGUCAUGGCAAAAAUCUGGCUGGAUGGUUACAACUUUGAUACCAUUUUAAAAUGUAAUGUGUAAUAGUUUAUGUUUCGUGCAAGGGACGUCCGGCUCAUUAGGAAUUAGCUGCAUAUUAGACACAUUAUAUAACCAGAUGUUGGGGAUAAUUAUUUUUAAAAAGAAACACUUUUAGCUGCCUCCUGAAGAAGUUUAUAAUUUGGUUUUAACUAAGAUCAGGCCAGUUUUUUCAGUGAGCUCAUCUCUGUGUAGUACAAAUCUUGCUGCUUUUUUCUUUUGUAGCGUGAUAAACAGCUUGUACCUGAUUUCACACAGGGAGGUGAAAAAUGUAUUUUACAAUAACAUGGGUAGAAAAGUUUAGCUUUGGGUAUGCUGAGAAGCAAACUAGUUUUAAGCCAAACAGCUGAAACUUUGUAUAUUUCUCAUAUUUUAACAAUACAGCUUAUUCCCAUGGACUUUCACCCAAUGUGCGUUUUGGGGCUGUUUUCAGAAUACUUUCCUAUCUCAGCAGGUGGGUGUAUAAAUAUUCCCCCACUAAGAUUUUAAAAUUCCAACACCCAAGUACAAGUGUCCACUGGGAAGUUGGUAAGAUGGGGGCCUAUCAACACUACAUUGAAGCAAUGCAAAUUGUGUUUUAUUAAAUUUUUUUGUUGUCAUUAUUCUAGCAUUAUUCUCACAUCAGUGCUGAGAAAGUAUAUUGUCCUAGUCACCCUGCUCCCGUAUAUAUAGAUAGACGCCAUCACCCCUUGAGUCAUCUCUAGCACUGCAGUGUAGCCUGGUCAUAUGCUGUCCGCCGAGAGAAACCCUUGUCCAUGUUGCAUAAGGUAAUGCUGCUGGAAGCUAGCACCCUGCAGUAUAAAAUCACAUUAAAGCACGAUUUUCUUUGCUAGUGUGGUUUUGGAUGUGGCUGAAAAACGUAAAGUGUUUGAAAACACUUUUAAAUUUCAAAAUGUUGUUUAAACUAGAACUCCAUAGUCAAAUUAUUACUUUUAAACCAGACACCUCUGCCUGUGGUUUCUGUGUUAACUUCCCAUAAUUUUUAGGUGCUUUCUUUUAAAAAGCCAAGAACUUUUUCCCCUUCUAUUUUGAUGCUACAGAGAGAGAAGCAGAGCAAGAUUCUCUUUUCAUCUUUUGAAAACUGGAUGCCCUGUGGCUUGUGUUCCUACUUGAAAUACCCAAAUAUUGUCGCAGUGUGCUUUAAUAACUUUUUUAGGUGAAUGAAUGAUCAGCAGACCCUAGAACUCUAACAUUUAAAACAAUAGGCCCUGACCUUGAUAUUUGUGACACUGGUAUUAAUUGGGAAUAACUCCACUGGAGUCAGUGGAAUCACCUGGAUAUAAGAGCUGUGUAAGAGUCAGCAGAAUCAGGUCCACUGGCUUAUGCUAAAGGUAGUCAAAGCAAACACACUACCUGUAAGCAUAUACCGUUUUUUUCCAGAUCUCUCUCAAUUAUUUUGAAUUGAACUGAUGGUAUUUUAAGUCCUGUAAUUUACACCAUCAGCAUAUGGAAAUAGGUUUAUAGGUUUUUAUUUUGGGGCACUGGGGGAAUGUAAGGAACCCAAUAUCUACACUGUCUUCUCUAUACCAACAAUAGCUAAUUAUUGUAACUGAAGUGAAUUCCCUUCAGAAAAAGCCGGCAUUUUCAGCCAUCCUAUGGCAUGUGCUGUAGUUAGUAUUUACAGACAAGCUGGUACAUUGAUAAGCUUGAAGAAUAACAAUGCGCCAGUUAGUAUAAAAACUACAAAUUUGUUACUAUGGUAUCCCACCUAGUUCUUUAUGUAUUUAUGUUGUAGUAUAUAUACAUAUAUCUAUGGGUAUGUCUACACAGCAAAAGAAAACACAGGGCAGAAAGUCUAACAACCCAGGUGAACUGACUCAGGCUUGCACUGCAGGCUAAAAAUAGCAGUGCGGACAUUCAGGCUUUGGACUCAGACUCGCACCGCAGGUUCUUUUGUUGCUGUGUAGACAUACCCUGUAUCUGUCCAUAGAUACCUAUAUGUAUAAAAUAACACACGGAUGGUAUCACAUUUUCCAAGGUUGUUUAUAUUUUGUUCAAUGUUAAAUUAACUGGUGUUUGGGGGUGUAUUUUUGUUCUUCCUCCAGAGAUUAUCUCUUGAAUAUAAAUGUAUAUGAUUCUGAAGUAAAAAUUGAUUCUUUUGUACAAAAUGGCCUCUAUGGAACAGUGCUUACAGCAAAGAAGGAAUUAAAUGGGAUUCUGGUAAUCAAGUCUAGAUUUUGGUUUAGCACUGAACAUGAUAAAAUUGCUUACAUGUAACUUUUUAAUAAUGCAUUCUCUCUUUAUUUUAAAUAUAUCUUAUAUAUCAGAAAACUAUUAAAGUACCAAGUAUGUACUCUA